AUGCAAUUUUGCCCAACCUGCGGAAAUCAUCUUGUGAUAGCCAUUGACGAAGAAGGCCGUAAUGCUUUUGACUGUAAAACAUGCCCCUACCAAUUUCCUAUUUCAGCUUUGCUUUAUAGCAGACACGAGUUUCCACAAAAGAAAGUUGACGAUGUGUUAGGAGGUGAUGAAGCAUUCGAAUCGAACCAACAAACAGAAGUGGCAUGUGAUAAUAGCAAAUGUGAUAAUAAUCGUGCUUACUUCUUCCAACUUCAAAUUCGAAGUGCUGAUGAGCCAAUGAGUACGUUCUACCGUUGUACCAAGUGCAAGUUUCAAUGGCGUGAAAAUUAA